AAAUCCCACCCUAAAAUCAUUUGAUUGAUUUUAUCGUCUAUCUCUCUGCGUCUAUAUAUUUGUAUUUCAUUUUUAUGUAAACAGUCGUUUAAAUUAGUACAAGAAAUAAAAAAGAAAAGUAAAUUAAAAUUAACGUACUUUUAUAGUACCAAAAACAAAAAAAAAAAAUGUUUCCAGUGAGAUAUAUUCUUUGCAUUUUUUUGCUUUUUCUCUCAUUUUCAUUAAGUUAUGCAGGCAGUGGAAAUUAUGCCUUUGCCAAAGUCGAGAGUUGUAGGGGCUGCUCCUUGAACUCUCUUCCUGACGUAAAGAGCUUUAUUUUCAAUGACCUGCCAUUAUAUGAGGAUGUUGAAUUCAAACAUAUCCAAGGGGCAAAGCCUGAACUCAUUUUCUACGACAAAAAUGAUGAGGAAAUCGAACGUUUAGCACUUUCUCAAUUGAUGCGAGACGAGUGCAAUGAGCUCUUACUAUCCAAAGGCUUUAAGAAGAGACAAAUCAAAGACGAAGUGUAAAUUCAAAAAAAAAAAAAUUUUUACCAUGUUUAAAAAAUUAUUAAACAUUUUGUAUGUAAAUAAUACUCGAUUCGCUUUUCAAAUCCAGUAUUUAAUGUCGCACAUUUCUCAGAGAAAAACUAAUUUUUAAUUUUAAGCAAAAAUCUGUGAUACAAUAUGUUAAAAAUUUCCAACAGAUAAAUUUUUGCAAUUUUGUAUUUGUCUUUUUUUUCAUUGCAAAUUUGUAUAGCGAAUAAAACAUUUUGUUUCAAUUUUUACAAAUAAAUGAAAUGGAUGCAAUAAUUUUAAUUUUAAUUUAAAAAAAAAAAUCCAAACCUUGCCAAUUUCAAACAAAUCGAAAUUUUGUAUUAAAAAAAAAAAAGACUAAUAAUAAUAAUUAAAAAUCGUCAUAAAAUGAUAGUUAAUUUUGAACAUACAAGACAAUAAUGAUAUGUUAAAUGCAAUUUUAUUUUAUUGUUCAUCGUUACGAUUACAAUUGUUCAACCACGAAGAAAAUUACAGGCAUCGAUUUAAAUUGAUGAAGAAAAAAACCAGUCUUGUUUCGUCAUGUCCUUAUAAUGAAAUGAUCUUAUAGAUCUUUUUCUCUUUCUCUCUGAAUUUGUCCCAUAAUAUCAAAUUGAUAAAAUAAAACGUCAACUUAUAUAAAUGGAAUGUGACAUUCAAUAAUAUUUAUAAAAAAAAAAACAAACUCAAAUCUGUCUGAUUAAAAUAAAAAACAAAAUAAAGAGAUCAUAAUUUUUUCAAAAUUAAGAUCAUUUGAAAAAUCCAUAUCGUUGCUGCUGUUAAGAUCUUUUUUUCAUUUUUUGGCUGUUCUUUUCUUUUCUUUUUUUUUUUUGUAAAAAUAAAUUAGUCUAUAAAUCAUCCUUUCCUUUGCCUUUUUCACGGUUGAAAGAUAAAAUUUCUUAUUACGUAUUAUCUUACUUUUGUUUCUUUUAGUUUUAUCAGAAUUAAUUUUUUUUUCAGUAUUUCUCAAUCUAACUUUUUCAUAUACAAAAAAAAAAAAUUAAUUUUCAAAUACUGAUUAAAAAUUAAUCACUGAUAAUGUACACACAUACAAUUUAUUUAUUUUUUUUAAUAUCUGAAAUAAUAAUGUAUAUAUUUGUGUCUUAAAAACUAAUUUAUAUACAUUUUGAAAGUCCCUUUUGCAUUCAUCAGUAAGAAUACGCGUUGGCCUUUGUUUUUUUUUCUCAAUAUUAUAUACUAAGCAAUUAUCAGUUUAGCGAAUAAAAUAACCUAAUCUUUUUUUUUCAUACAACAAUCAGCUUAUCUAGAUAAUCAAUUAUUUUUUUUUCUGUUAAAAAUGUAUGUACAUAAAAUUAUCAGUACCUCCAAAACCAUUAAACGAACCUCAGCUCUUAUAAUAAAAAAAAAAAACAAAAAUAUUUCCUAAAAUCGUGUAAAAUGAUAUCACAUUUUUUUUAUGUUUCAAAAAUUAAUUGGAUAUUUUAAUUUAAAAAAAAAAAAAAAAAAUGAAAAUGUUAUCAAAA